UGCUUCUUUACCGACUUUGAGGCUUUCCUCCGGCCUUGGAUUAUUUUGGUUGUUUGCUAGUACUUAUAAAUCGCGUUCUUCAGCUGGAUCAUUUUUUUCUCUACUUCUUCUACAUCGAUUUUUAUCAGGAGUUAAGUUGCUCUGGUAUCAAUCAGUCUUCCAAGAUGCCUCCACUAUCAAGAAACCCAUUGACGAUCGCCGCCGUCAUCAACCUGGCGACUGAGUCUAUUACUGAAGCUACAUCCUACCUGUCAACGUUACCGCAUCCCAUCGAGCCUCUAGAGGAACUCAUCUCCGUCAUAGCAGUAACGUCAAAUCUACUCUCAGCUCUCCAAACAGCAAUUGAUCGAUACCCCGACCUGGAAUUCUCCCCUGAUCUCUCGUUCCUGAAUCCUCUUAGCCACGAUAUCGUCUAUGCGAUUUCUCAGCUCAAUGGGAGAGUCGAGGACGCGAAGAGGAGUAAGAUCUUCCAGCCCAAUGAUGUGGGACUUGUGCGUCUUCCCCGCAAUGCCUGGAUCCUGAUCAACGGCACCGAAGCCAAGGCCGCGAGCUUGAGAUCUAGACUCUAUGUCGAGAAAUACAGGGUCCGGGUCCUGCUCGAUGCUGUGAACUGGUACGGACUUCGAAGUCUGGAAAUCAGAGAUAUGGACGAAGAACGUGAGUUCCAAAAUGUGCGUGCUAGACUAGGACUUGUGGCCGAGCGUCUGGUGGGUGUAUGGAAAGACUACACGCCCAGAUUGAAGGACCUCGAAAAUGCAGAGCAGAAUCCAAGAGUGGGAAACCCGUUCAGUGAUCUAGUUGAGGUGGAGAGACAGCGGAGUUUGCAGCGAGCGCUGCAGUUGCAGAUGAUGAAUCAACAGGCUCAGGCUCUGCAGCAAAUGCAACCUCCUCGCUACGAAGCUUCUAUGGAACAAGGACAAGCUUUGCGAGCACAAAAAGAGGUAGAACAGGCUACUCAGCAACAACAACAACAACAACAACAGAUGCAACCUGAAAACACUACACCUGCAUCUCCAACCAACAACGACGAAAAACAAGCUCUCAAGCGAACAAACAGCGGUAUUUCAUGCUCAAGCACCACAACCAUCCACCCAGACACAAAAUACGAAACCUACCUCCUCCGCCGCAACCCCCCAACCAGCACCCUAAAAACAAGCACCAUAACCCACCUCCUGGGCAUCCCCAUCCUCUGGUCCAACACCCUCACCCACGCCCCCGCCACGCACUACAUCAAAGCGCUGCCCUCGUCCAACACCGAAAUCACCACUUUCAGAACCACGUCUCAGGGCUCCCUUUCUGCUGUCCAACACGAGAGUAAGCUGAAAAAGGACAUCCUGAACAUGCCCGAUGACGCACAAUGGGAAGUACAGAAAUUGAUCGAGGGCCGCGAGACUGCUACCAGUGCGCGGAACGUAAAGCGGGAGUGGGCAGUGGUGGGGAUGGUCGAGCGGUGCAGGCGGAAGGUGUCGCAUGGCGGGCUGAGGAGGGGAAGAUGGUGGGAGCGGAGAUCGGGGAUCGAUAAGAGGGAUCAGACGGAGUGGGUUCUUGUUUUGAGGGGCGAGACGGUCGAUAGACAGGAACGGGUUUUGGGUGGCAAGAAUGCGAAUCCGUGGGAGGGGAAAAGAGAGGUGCAGGGACAGCAGGUGGUUCAACAGCAGCAGCAACAGCAAAGUGUGUUGAGGCAUGUGGAGGUCAGGCGCACGAUGAGCGUUGAGGAGGCGGAGGCGCGGAUGGAUGAGAUGUUGCGGGAUAUGUUCAAAUUCGAGGAACAUGAGGCUUUUGAAGACGAGUCAGAUGAUGAAGAGCAAGAUGAUGAGAAGUUUACGGUUACGAAUUGAUCUCUCUUCUUUCUCCGGGGUAGGAAAUUGGGAGAGGAGAGGGGACGGUCAGAUUGCAGAUCUUGGUACAUUCAUCAUUGACCGAGACUCCCUCAAUCUGGCCGUCCGAUCAGUCGGUCAGGUGGAGUCAGGAGGAAGCGAUCUGGAAUAUGACGCUGAGAUCUGGCUCUGAUCGAAAGGUCGAUGAGGAAAGGGGACGGGGAGAGGAUCCAAAAAAAAAUAAAAGAUAUGG